GUAUAGAGGUUUAUCAUAAAAUUCGUCAAACAAAUACGUAUUAUUCUACGAAGAAGAAAACGACCAAACGACUGAUGAUAUAGACUAUAAUGGGCGUUAUUAUAUUUAUGUUGCUAAGUAUAUCUAGUACGAUUCAUUGGCACAUAUGGCACAAAUGGAGCGUCUGAUCGUGAUAGUUUAAUGACAACAUUUAAAGAUAAAACAUGAAUCGAAUUGUUUUCGUGUGAAGAAAGUGAACGGAAUGUUUUUAUCGAUUAUUUUUACCUAUUGUCAAUCUGAACUGAUACAAAACAAAACGGUAGAAUAAUAAGCGAGUAAGAUCCAACCACCAAGUCCCGAAACUAAUGAAGAAAUCCCGCAGUACCAAACCCAAUGAAGACCAGAUUAUUUCUCAUACCGCUGAUACCUAUAGCUAUCCUAUUCUUCCUGCUCUACCGAAUAUUCGAGGAACCGGAUGACAUAUCCAACGUACCCCAUUCCCUGGUGGUGGAAUUCAAGAGGUUCACCGAACCCUCACAUUCGACAAAAAAAUUGGGAUACCAGGAGAAGGAUUAUCACCACCUCCUCGACAUAGAUUUCAGAUUCAAAACUCUGUCCCUCGUCUGUGGAAAGCACCAGCCUUUUUUGCUGAUCUUGGUCCACUCGGCUGUCGGUAACUUCGAAAAGAGGAGGGCCAUCAGAGAGACUUGGGGAAGGGGGAGUAAUGAAGCCAAAGUGGUGUUUCUUCUUGGGUCCAGCGUUGAUUCUGAGAUGAUUGAGAGGAUACGGCAAGAAUCUAACUCUUUUUCUGAUCUGGUUAUAGGAUCUUUCCUGGAUACAUACAGGAAUCUGACUUACAAACACGUGAUGGGUUUGAAAUACGCGUUGUACCAUUGCAGUUCAGCUGUAUACGUCUUGAAAACUGACGACGACGUGUUUGUUAAUACGCCGUUCUUCGUGGAGCAUAUAAAGUCGACCAUUUCACCAUACGGUGCGGAAAAACUACUGAUGUGCAACGUUUGGCAUGGUGCUAGUGUGGCAAGAUCACACAGGUCACGGUACAGGUUCUCCUUCAAAGAAUUUCCUUACAAGAGAUUCCCAACAUACUGCUCUGGUUGGGUGGUGCUUUACUCACCUGACGUGGUGUUCGAUCUCUACACUCAAGCACAGCAAUCCCAAUAUUUCUGGGUGGAUGACGUCUUCAUAACUGGGAUUUUGGCGGAAAAAUCCAACAUUCCACACUUCAAUUUAAGAAACAUCGUCAUAUCUAAGGGAAAAAUGGAUGAGAUUGCUGAUGGAAGAUGCGAUGCUACCAAUGGGAAAAUCUUGCUGGGUAGACCGAACAUAGAAAGUGAUUUAGUGAGGAAACUUUGGGCUUGUGCUGUAUUGAGUGAUAGGCAGAUCAAUUCUUGAUGUGAUCAGUUUCGAAUUGGGUGUUUUUCAAGAAUGUGAUUUUUUAGAAAUCGUUUAUUUUUCUCUAUAAAUCAAUUUUUCAUUGAGUCAGAAUCGUGUAAUUUAUUUAUUUUUUUUCAUUAAAUAAUUUUUUUUCAAUUUUA